AUGGGGCUGCUGCGGAGCGUGCAAUGUUUGCUCACAGCCAGGGCCAGCAGCUGCUGCCUGCCUGCCUUGGGGGGUUUCGUCAGCCUCCUGCAGCGCUCCGGGGGACACGGCUCGGCCACUGCUGCUUGCACAAGGAACCCCCUCGUCAGGACUGCAGCCAUGGCCACCUCAGCGAGCUCCCACCUGAGCAAAGCCAUCAAGCACAUGUACAUGAAGCUGCCGCAGGGGGAGAAGGUGCAGGCCAUGUACAUCUGGAUCGACGGCACGGGGGAGCACCUCCGCUGCAAAACCCGCACGCUGGACCACGAGCCCAAGAGCCUGGAAGAUCUCCCUGAGUGGAAUUUCGAUGGCUCCAGCACCUACCAGUCCGAAGGCUCCAACAGUGACAUGUACCUGCGACCUGCUGCCAUGUUUCGGGACCCUUUCCGCAAGGACCCCAACAAACUCGUUCUCUGUGAGGUCUUCAAAUACAACCGCCAGUCUGCAGAGUCAAAUCUCCGGCACACCUGCAGGAGGAUUAUGGACAUGGUGUCCAACCAGCACCCCUGGUUUGGGAUGGAGCAGGAGUACACUCUCCUGGGGACAGACGGACAUCCGUUUGGCUGGCCUUCCAAUGGCUUCCCUGGACCCCAAGGUCCGUAUUACUGCGGUGUAGGGGCAGACAAAGCCUAUGGCAGGGACAUUGUGGAGGCCCACUACCGGGCAUGCCUUUAUGCCGGCGUGAAAAUCGGAGGAACCAACGCAGAAGUGAUGCCAGCCCAGUGGGAGUUCCAGGUGGGACCAUGCGAGGGGAUUGAGAUGGGCGAUCACCUCUGGAUCGCGCGCUUCAUCCUGCACCGGGUGUGCGAGGACUUCGGGGUCGUGGUGUCCUUCGAUCCCAAACCCAUCCCUGGGAACUGGAACGGUGCUGGCUGCCACACCAACUUCAGCACCAAGAGCAUGAGGGAAGAAGGAGGUCUCAAGCACAUCGAGGAGGCCAUCGAGAAGCUGAGCAAGCGCCACCAGUACCACAUCCGUGCCUACGACCCCAAGGGGGGGCUGGACAAUGCCAGGCGCCUGACGGGCUUCCACGAGACGUCCAACAUCAACGAGUUCUCGGCCGGCGUGGCCAACCGCGGCGCCAGCAUCCGCAUCCCGCGCAACGUGGGCCACGAGAAGAAGGGCUACUUCGAGGACCGCCGGCCCUCGGCCAACUGCGACCCCUACGCCGUGACGGAGGCGCUGGUCCGCACGUGUCUCCUCAACGAAACCGGGGACGAGCCUUUUGAGUACAAGAACUAAGCAGACUGCGCCCCGCGGCCGCCGCCGCCGCCUCCCCCCGCGCUCCCCGCGCCCCUAAAGUUCCCUUCUAGCUGUAAUCCCGAGGGUACAAGAUAACAUGUUUCGUGUCUCAGUAACUCUUGUUGUCUUGAGGUGGGGAGGAGGGCAGGUUUAGUUUUAUCCGUGUCUGUUUGUCGUUGACUCUUCGGAAGACGAGAGGAGGACGGGGUGUUAGAGAACUUUUAACCACUGUUUUAUUUUUUUUGUCUAAUUCAUGUGUACAUCCGAUGGGAUCCGGUGGCUUCCAGGGACAGACUGCACAUGCAGAAAACCCGUAGGAGAGGAGAAAGCUUAAAACAGAGCCAGAUUUGGGGGGGCCAGCCCUGCUGCUGGCUCUCUGCAGACUGAUGGCUGUCUGAGGUUGGUGCCUCUCUGUGGAGAAGGGAAGAUGGGAGCUGUGGUGACGGGAGCUGUGCGUGUGCUCCUGCCUAUAUGGGGACGUGACGGGGACAUCGUCGCCCUCCGGCCACUCUGAGGUUUCUGGGAAUCUUCUGGCAUUGAGGAGAACUCUUGGUUCUGUCACUGGAAGUCAACCCAUCUCUGGCUCAUAACACAGAGUGAAGUAGUAUUUUUCUAUUUAAAUAUAAAAACAGAAAAAAAAUUAUAUAUGAAAGUGUUUUUUUCUUGAAGAGAUGACGUUCCAACGCCUCAUCCAGCCGGAGCGGGCAGAGCUCUUGCAGAUGCAGUCGGAUGCAGGUGGGACUGAGGGUGAGCUCGGAGGGAGACUGGGAUGAGAUUUGUUCCAGCGUGGAGUGGAGCUUGCAGGAGGGGGUUCCCAGAGCAGGAAGCCUGCAGAAGCAUUUGUUACUGUAAUUCAGGUGGCCAUGACAUGCUCGGAGUGGGAGGAAGGUGUCCUGAACCAAGAGUUGACUGGUCAACAGCGUUCCGGACAGAGCUGUGGCUGUGUCACCUGUCCAGCAGGGCUAGCACGUCACUAAAGCAGGGCUUUGGAUAAAGGUUAAACAAAAAAAAAAGAAAAAAAAAGAAGAGAAGUUUUAGAUUUUUUUUUUCAUAAUGUUCUUAGUUUCUCCGACUGAAUGGUUUUACAGAGACCGUUGAUGCCACUGUUGUGUCCUGGCUCUCUCGGGCUGCGUGCCACCCAGCCAGGAUGAUGGGGGCUAGGAGAAGGGAAGGGAAAGGCCACCUGUCCCUCCCAGCCAGCCCUGUCCCUCCCAGCUGCUGCUGGGGGGUUCAGACAUUCUGGGAUUUUACACUUGGGUAUCUUAGAUGGUGCCAGUUAUAUUCCGUUGCAUUUGGACUUCUUCCGAAUAGGGGUUUUUUUUGGGGUUGGUUUUUUUUUUUUUUUGUAAUAAAAAAGGAAAAAAAGAACAAAACCU